GUAGUAAAACGUCUUUCAGGAACGUUUGGACCAUGAGUUGGCAUUAGUCGCAGCAUAUUGUCUUGUGUGUCUCUAGUUAAGAGUUUUUAUUUUGAUGUUGUCUGUUUAACGUAAUUGUUUUGAGAUUGUAUCCCUAAUUUACUGUUAGAUUAAGGUACCCGAGGUGUUAAGACUAAGCUCUUUUAAAUGCAACAAGAAAGUAAUAAUACAAUUUUUGUGCAAAACUAUAAAACAAAUACAAAAAAGGAAACGUAUAACAAAAAUUAUUUCUUAACAUUUUGGAAAAGGAGCAGGAUAUAUUCAUUAGUAAGACAGUCUGAACAUGUGACGUUGUUAGUCAAAUUAACAAUAUUGCAUCUUAGCUAUAAUAUCGUAAAAUUAUGUAUUUUAAUUGCUUUUAUGCCUUCAUUACUGUAUCUUAUGUCAUGUGAUUGUAUAGAUUUUUAGUCUGAGAUUUGGCUGUCAGAUUUAAAACUUAUCACACCAACUGGGUCAGGUAUUAUGCUAAGAAAAAGAUAAAUUCACAUAUUUUUAUUAGGUUUGAUUCUGAGAAUUCUAGGAGCUUAACACGUUCAUUAAAAGGAGGCAAAAAGGGCAAACAUUUAGCAGAGAACAGUUUAUUAAAGGAACCACAGUACAAACAGGGCCAUGUAAAUGAAACCUUCAUACAGAAACUACUGUAUGCAUUAUUAUUAUCAUCAUUAUUAUUAUUAUUAUUUUACUAUAUGAUGAUUUCAAUAUCUUUUUCCCACUGCCUUUGUGCUGGGUUGUAGUAUGAAUUAAUAUCAGAUGCUGAAACCCUUACUGCUGUUUAUGCAGCUUUAAUGAGCAGCGGUGCAGCUCCACCUUAAUCCAGGUUUAUUAAAGGGCACUGGAGAGUGACUGAGAGAGGGCAAAGGCUGAGUGGGGGAGGAGUCCUCCAGGUGAGCUCUCUCCCACCAAGUGGUUAGGGAACUGCUUUCUUUUUUUUUUUCUUUUUUUUUUUAAAUUAGGACAGAAGUUGGCAGUCACGUGGAACUAACCUACGUAGCAUACUGUAUGGAGUAGCCAGUAGUCUAACUUGGACGUGUGAUUGUUUGCCGUUUGCUGUUGUCGUAUGGAGCACAAAAGGCUAGCUGUUCGCUGAGCGCUGGAGGCAGCAGGUGUUUUUGUUCAGCAGUGAAAUCCUAGUGGGAAAUGGAAGUAAGGUUCAAAGACCAUGUGAAACCAGGCAUGGAGGAGUUAACAAUAUGGGAGCAGCACACAAUUACACUGACCAAAGAUCCCAAGCUUGGGUUUGGGUUUGCCAUAUCAGGAGGAAAGGACAAGCCCCACCCAGACACUGGGGACACAGCUGUGGUGGUUUCAGACGUGCUGCCAAAUGGACCAGCCAUGGGACGACUCUUCAACAAGGAUCAGAUUGUGAUGGUGAACGGGACGUCCAUGGAAAAUAUCCACUCUAACUUUACUAUUCAAAUCCUGAAAUCAUGCGGCAAGACAGCAAAUGUUACUGUGAAGCGUCCCCGAAAGAUCCAGAUCCCAGCCACCACCAAACCGUCUCGAGCUGCCUCCCACUCCAACCUGCUGGACCCAGACCCUCCGAGACGGGCACGUCGAUACUCUGACGGCAGUGACACCAGAAACACAAAUCGUUACAGAGCACGCAGCGCGUCGCCAGAACGCAACGGGCACGGAAACACUCUACCUCUGAUGUCAUCAGGCUACAAGAGGCUUCCACAGCCGGAUGUGGUAGACAGACCAAUCAGGACUACUCUGGUGAAGAAAAAAAUCACAGAUGAGUAUGGGCUUAAGCUGGGUAGUCAGAUCUUUAUCAAGCACAUGACAGAAACAGGCCUGGCUGCAAAGGAAGGGACACUGCAGGAGGGAGACCUCAUUCUCAAGAUCAAUGGCAUGACAACAGAGAAUCUAUCCCUGCUGGAGACCAAGCACCUGGUGGAGAAGAGCAGGGGCAAACUGACCAUGACGGUCCUGAGGGACAGCCGAAGAUUUCUGGUCAGCAUUCCAGAAGUAGAGGACAGUGCCCCUAAUAGUGAAGAGGACAGACGUCGGGACAGCAGCUCAGAACUAGAGGAGAUUUCAGACAUAGACGAAGACAUCCCUGUUCACAGAACAUCUCGUCAACCCAACAGAGAAAAACGAACACGCAGGACUAGAGCCGAACCUCCACCUCCUGUAAAAUCUCGGGACUCAUCACCCAUGCGCUCCACCUUGAGCCGUCCUCCAGUCACGUCGUAUGCUUCUCGCAGAGUGCCAUCUGAGUCUGAGUCUGACCACAGCACCUCUCCUCCUCCUCCUGUCAGGAGACAGACAUUAGAUAGAGACACCAUUGACAGGAGGGAGCCGCACAGUAAACACAAAGCUCUCUCUGGGAUGUCCACUCUCCCCUCUGGGAUGUCCACCCUGCCCAACCCUCGCUCCUCUCCCGUACUCCAAAACUGGACCAGCUCUCGUCCAUCAUCUUCUGCCUCGAGGCCCCGCAGACCAGUCUCAGAUUCAGACUCUGACCGCAGUGCUUCCCCUCCUCCAGCCAGGCAGAGCCCACACCUUGACAGUAGAUACAAAGUUCUCCCAGAUCUGCGUUCUCAAGGAAUGAGAGCUUCUCCCAUCACUGUUCGACAGGACGCACCGAGGAGAGUGAACUCACCCGUCAGAGUCCCACCACCAGACUCUGAGUCUGAGUCAGAGGGCAGCUUGGUGCCUCCUCAGAGGCACAGCACCACCUACAGUCAAGACUCCCUCAGCAGAUACAGAGUCCUGCCUGCUGUUUCCCUGCAGCCACAGGUGGAGCCACCAAGGUGGAGCACUGCCAGCAGUCCACCUCCAAAAGCUCCAUCAGAGUCGGGGUCAGAGCCCAGCUACACGUCUGUCCCUCGCAGAGAGUCGACAGGCAGUGACAACGUCAACACGGUCAACAACAGAUACAAAGUCCUCCCUGUGACUAAUUCCUCGAGAGUGGCUGUGAAGCAGGAGCCUCCAAAGUCUCCGCCCAGCAAACCACCUCCUGAUGACUCCUCAGCAUCAGAUGACCUAUCACAUCUCAGGAGGUCCGGGAGUUCUGAGCGAGAAGAGAACCGCCGCAGGGUUCCAAAAGGUGCUAAUGGAACUGGCACUGUCAAGUCAGGGAUUUCAGUGAAGAACAACCCAUCCCUCCAUUCCAAGCCAGUAGAAGAACCAAUCUACUCCUUACCGCCUGAUUCUUACCCAUCAGCUAAUCCAGGGUACAGCUCAGAUCUGCGCACGGUUAGUUUUGUGAAAGAGGGCAGUGUGGGUCUGAGGCUGGUGGGGGGCAAUGAUGUUGGCAUCUUUGUGGGGGGAGUCCAGCCAAACAGCUCUGCAUACGACCGGGGAAUGAAGGAGGGAGAUCAGAUCAUGCAGGUGAAUAAAAUUGAUUUCGGUCACUUCACACGAGAAGAAGCAGCCAACUUCCUCCUAAACAUCAAAAAUGGAGAACAAGUUGAUAUAUGCACUCAGCACAAGAUGGACAUUUACAAGAAGAUCAUCAAGUCCAACCUGGCAGAUAACUUCUACAUCCGAGCCCACUUUGACCAUGAAGCAGAUGGACCCAUUGGUCUGAACUUCACCCGAGGAGAGGUGUUCAGGGUGGUGGACACCAUGCACCGCGGCAAACUGGGCAACUGGUUAGCCAUACGCAUGGGAAACAACUUGCACGAGAUGGAUAAAGGCACUAUCCCUAACCAGGCCAGGGCCGAGACGCUGGCAAGCAUCGAACAGGCACAGCGAGCAACUGGAGAGCGACAGGUAACUGGACCAAGAGCCGAGUUCUGGAAAUUACGGGGACUGAGAGGAAAUAAAAAGAAUGAAAAGAAUGUUCGUAGGACCCGAGACGAUCUGCUGCAGCUCACCAUUCAAGGCAAAUUCCCGGCCUACGAGAGAGUCCUGCUCAGAGAAGCUAAUUUCAAACGGCCUAUUGUCAUCUUGGGUCCUCUUAAUGAUAUUGCCAUGGAAAAGCUGGCCAGGGAGAUGCCUGAUGACUAUGAAGUGGCAGACAUGGUCCCUCGCAGUGGAGGAGACAGUAGCUCGACAGUUAUUAAACUGGAUACUGUGAGAAGAAUAGCGGAGAAGGACAAACACCCUCUCCUAGACAUCACUCCCACUGCAGUUGAGAGACUCAACUACAUCCAGUAUCACCCCAUGGUGCUGUUCCUGGACCCCCACAGUCGCAAAGACGUCAAGGCCAUGAGGCAGAAGUACAGCCCCAACUCUAACAAGAGCUCCAGACGCCUCUACUCACAGGCUUUGAAGCUGAGGAAACACUACAGCCACCUGUUCUCAGCGCGUAUAGACUUGCAGCCUAACUCCCAUAUUUGGUAUGAGACCGUAAAGGACAAGAUUCGUCACCAGCAGUCCAAACCUGUCUGGGUGUCAGAGGUCACGUUGGAGAGUGGAGGAGAACAGGACCUGGAUGCUCUGGACCAAACCCAGUCGGACUACCUCAGUGCUGCUAGUGACCUGGAGGACACUGACGGAGAGGCCUUCACUGAUGGAGAGGCCUACACUGACAAUGAGGAUCUUGAAGAGGCCUAUCCUGGUCAGGAUGCAGCCAGGGCCUUACGGGGCUCCAGAUUAGCAGGAGCUGCUUUGGCUCGAUCAUCUGAGCCAGCUUCUGAAAACCCUGCCUCCAACUCAGACCCUGAGUCUGAAGCCAAUAGGUACGAAGUCAGAGAAAUCCCUCCUCUGAUGCACGUUCCUGAGCCCAGAUCCAGCCGCCGGAACACAUACAGCCCACCACAGAGUGACGCAGAGGAGGAGGAACAACCCUUUCAUCGCAGUUUCACUGACUCCGAUUUUAGCGCACUAGAUGCAGCCAAGGCACCAUCGGAAGGACCCCCGGACUUUGUUGCCCCUGACCCCAGGACUCGCUACUCUUACAACGAACCCUCGUAUGCAGAGCCUGAGAGCCCACAGCAACCCAGCCUGUCUGCUAUUGAAGAGAAAUUACAACAGGCUCGCUCAGCAGAGCCACAGGCAGAACCAGAGGAAAAUAAAGGCCCGCAGUACAUUGUGCUGGCACAUCAUCACCAAGCAGUCCAGUUCAGAAGAACACAGAUCAGAGGAAGCGACAGCUCGGAGGAUGAGGAUGAGGAUGAGGAUGAAGACGGAGAAGCAGAUGACAUUGAAUGGGGUCCUGCAACAGAACUUUAGGGUUGAAAAAAAAAAGUCCCAGAGAUAGAGACAAUUUCACCCCAAAAGAAACAUUUGUCUUUUUUCUUCCACCACGAUUCUGAAAACCACAAUAAAUAAUAAAUAACGUUUUCACGAAUACAUUGAUCAUAGUGCAGCUCAGGAUAAUGUUAGAAUGUUAUUAGUUUCAUCCUUUAAAAAAACAACGACGAACGUGAAAGAUCUCUGUUCAGCCCAUAUUUAAAUAAGUCUCUGGGGAAAAUUAGCUUCUCUUUUAUAAAACACAUUGUAUUUCAAGACAUUUGUAAGUUCAAAUAUUUUUCUAGGUAAACCUUUUUUUAAAUAAUUGUGUUCAACCAUACAAUAGAUGUUUAUUGUUUUUUUUUUACAUAGCUCUAAAUAGAUAAGGCAAACUUUGAUGAUAACAAGCAGUCACAUGGAGAACAUCAAAUGUUUUGUCUCUGUAUUUAACAUUGGAAAUGUAUGUGUACUUGCAUGACACGAACUCUGUGGUGAGCCUCUAAGGCUAAAACAAACUUUUAUUUUCACAUGAUUUUAAUUGUACAGGAGAGAAAAUCUCGAUUUAUAUUGAAUAAAAAUAAUGAAUGUA